UCUCUCUCUCUUUUUCACAGUUCUUGUUUCUCUCUCAUCCUUCUCUCAGUAAAAAAAGAAAAAUGAACCUAAAGCUCCAUGGGAAAGAUCUCAGCAGCAACAUCGUCAAUGGGUCGUCGACAAGAUUCGAGGAACAAAACUUGGUGACUCCGACAUGUGAUCCAUCACAUUACUCUCUCACCAAACUUUCUCUCUCUAGAAACUGCGUCCAAAACACAAGCGAUGAUCAACCGAUAAGCAAGAUCUCAUCAUCAGCCUUCGAGUUCGGUGUCGGUGAUGAUGAAUUACAAAAGGAGAGCAAGAGAAAGAUGAAGGGAACAAAGAGAAAAGUAUGCGCGAGAGGACAUUGGAAACCGUCUGAAGAUUCCAAGCUCAAGGAGCUCGUUUCCCAGUUUGGUCCCCAGAACUGGAACUUGAUUGCUCGACACCUUGUCGGUAGAUCAGGCAAAAGCUGUAGAUUGAGAUGGUUCAACCAACUGGAUCCGAGGAUAAACAAGAGGGCCUUCACGGAGGAAGAAGGAGAGAGGCUCGUGUCGGCCCACAGAGUGUUCGGAAACAAGUGGGCGAUGAUCGCCAGGCUCUUCCCCGGCCGGACCGACAACGCCGUCAAGAACCACUGGCACGUCAUCAUGGCCCGCAAGCUCCGGGAGCAGCACCACUCCUCCGCCGGGAGAGAUGAGAUGACGGUUUUGCCCUCGGCUGGGCCUUGCUCUUUGGAUAUCGGCGAGGGCAAGGAAUCGAUGAGCGCGAGCAAUGAGGACGAGUCCGCGGCUUCUACUUGUACCACUGAUCUCUCUCUCACGCCUCCCGCUUCAGACAAUGGCCUCGCUCCACGCGGAGAUCAGUGGGGGCAGAGAAGAGAAGGAAAAGGGAACUUUGGGAAAUGGAUGGACCAUCAAAAUCAAAGUCACGGACACGAGGUGGGUCAUCAUCGGUCGUCAGAUUCUUCGGAUUCAGCUGUUUUUGCUGCCGAGAUGAAGACGAACCCUAAUUACAAGAUUAGUGGCCUUCUCUUUUUUGAUUUUCUUGGAGUUGGUGCUUCUCCUAAUUAGGUUUCAAGAACCCCCC